CUUCUCUCGUGUAAUUUCAAGAUGAACGAAGCUCCUAUUGGUAAAUUCUAGCAUUCCCGCCGAUUUCCCAGUUUGGCUGGCUGACCCCGAGCUCUCUGAUUCUAGUUCUCGAUGGGGGAACCGGUUUGUAGGUUUAUCUGGGCUCCCUUGUUAUUGUCGAUUGUUGGUGCUUUCGAGGAGACUCCCGAAAUUACGGUAUUAACGAUGUGCUUCAAUUUUUGUGCAGCCUUAAGGUCGGAUAUGCUGGCCAGAACUUUCCGGAACACCAAUACCCGUCAAUCGUUGGACGUCCGAUAUUGAGAGCGGAAGAGCGUGCCGGUGAUAUGGUAUGGGAUUACCUGUGGAUAAGCUAUCUUUGGGAUGUUACCAGCAAGAUGGAGUGCUGAUUUUUGUUGGAAACAGAUUGUGAAAGAUAUUAUGGUCGGCGACGAUGCAGCCGCCGUUCGAACGAUGCUACAAAUUACAUAUCCGGUACUACUAGAUUUCCCGCGUACAGUACGUGAGCUGAUGAGGGCGGUAGAUGGAUAACGGUAUUAUCAAAAGAUGGGAAGACAUGCAGCACGUGUGGGACUACACAUUUGCAGAAAAGCUUCAGGUCGAUACCACUGGCCGUAAGAUCUUGCUCACGGAACCUCCUAUGAACCCGCUGAGCAACAGAGAGAAGAUGUGCGAAGUUAUGUUCGAAAGGUAUAACUUUGGGGGUGUUUAUGUUGCUAUCCAGGCCGUGCUUGCUCUCUACGCUCAAGGUGAGAAACGAUGAAAUGCCACCAUCUAGUCGCACGGAGAUAACUAAAACGCCUUAGGUCUAAGUUCCGGUGUCGUCGUUGAUUCUGGGGACGGUGUGACGCACAUCGUCCCCGUGUACGAGAGUGUAGUCCUCAACCACCUUACCCGACGUCUCAAUGUCGCCGGCCGUGAUGUUACCCGCCAGCUCAUCAAUCUUCUCCUCCGCCGGGGGUAUGCUUUUAACCGUACUGCCGAUUUCGAGACUGUCCGCCAGAUUAAAGAGAAGCUAUGUUAUGUCAGCUACGACCUGGAGCUCGACCAUAAGCUCGCUGAAGAGACCACCGUUUUGGUGGAGAGCUACACCCUCCCAGACGGCCGUGUAAUCCGCGUGGGCAGUGAGCGGUUCGAGGCACCGGAGUGCCUCUUCCAGCCCCACCUCGUGGACGUUGAGCAGCCAGGAAUCGCGGAAUUCCUAUUCAACACUAUCCAGGCUGCCGAUGUAGAUGUGAGAACCUCCCUAUACAAAGCUAUCGUACUUUCCGGCGGUUCGAGCAUGUACCCCGGCCUCCCCAGCAGAUUGGAGAAGGAAUUGAAGCAGCUAUGGCUCACUAAGGUGCUACACGGUGAUCCUACACGACUAAGUGUACGUUCCACUCCUACCUAGCUCCAAUCCAAUACUAUAAAUCGUAACUAACACUCACCCUUCCAACAGAAAUUCAAAGUCCGGAUCGAAGACCCCCCACGAAGACGUCACAUGGUCUUUCUCGGUGGUGCCGUUCUCGCGAACAUCAUGGCGGACAAGGAGAAUAUGUGGAUCACAAAGGCAGAGUGGGAGGAACAGGGCCCUCGUGUAAUCGAGAAGUUGGGUUCCAGAUAAAAUAUUCGAGAGAAAGAGGAGCAAAAAAAAAAAUAGUACCUUAGUUGUAGAUGUUGAUUUGCAGUUUCUUUUUCUUCCUUUUUUUCUUUUUUUCUCUGCCCUUCUGAUACCGAAACUGAGGGGCCGGUUGGAGGGUUCCCUUGGGGGUUCAAUAGAAGUGUGGUUGGUAGAGUUGGGUGAUGACGGAAAAGGCAACGUCUCAUGUUGCAGGUGGGAGAAAGUAGUUGCGUUUUUUUAGGCCUGGUUUGGUGUCGGGCUGCGUGUGUAGAGUGGUUCGGAUAUCUACGCACUAGCUUCCCCCAUCCCCCUAGAAAGACGUCAUGUUUUCAGCGCCCCUUGGUUAGAAGGGGCUUCAGGGAGUGAGACUGGAGACUUAAGGUCCACCAUCAAUGUUCCGUCGUUGAGCUUCCGAGAAAUCUAGUGAGAGAAAGUCCUCGCAUAACUUGCCGUGCCCAGAUCUGUUUGAUCCCUAGUCAGGAAUCCCCAAUAGAAAAAAUAUGUGGAUGAUUGGAAUCACUGGAAUAACGCCCUGAUGGCACAUAUAAAACCCUGGAGGACUGGAAUAUUUGCGCGAACUCCUCAAGUCAUCCGCAGAUAGGACAUUCCUUUGGGUUUCUCUUAUUCUUGAAAUUUUGAAGGAUAGUGAGGACGGCUGCCCGGAGGAGUUCGCUAGCAUUAUCUCCACGGCCCCGCGUGAUCUGGUAGAACUAUAUAAUACGUGGAGGAUGUUUUAGUACUAACUCAAAUACCUCCAUUAUUCCGGUGAUAAGUUUACUUUGACAAGUUAACAGAAUUGAGAAUAUCAUACCAAUAAACGUGACCCAACACGCGCUGAACGCUAACUAUUAACCAUCAGAGGAGAUUUUGGCUCAGAAUCUGGAGAGCACAGAGGUGGCUGUGGUAAUAGAUUUCGAGAGUUUUUAGAGUUCCCAGAUUGGGGGAAGAAGUCCACUAUACUUUUUUCCCCAAGAACAUCCCGUGGCAGUACCCUCCUCGCAUCCUUUUGGAGAGGUUCUGGGUUAGAUGGCCAAGGAAUUGUAGUCUGAGAACCCUGUAUUUCGGUGUGCUUUGCUUCUCGUUCCUUCAGAGUUUCCUGUAAUUUCAAUGUAUGUGAAUCGUGAAAGGGAAAAAGUAUGAGGGAGGCAAGGUCAUACUGUUAUUUGGGAUCCGCAGGAUUAACUUCGGA